UGAGUCUCCAGUCGGCUCGCUGCGCCUCCUGCCCCUCCUCCUCCACCUUCCUCCUUGCGCACGCCCCAGUCCGUGCUCCCUUCUGGUUCUGCCAUGGCUGCGCUCACCCGGAACCCGCAGUUCCAGAAGCUGCAGCAGUGGCACCGCGAGCACGGUUCUGACCUCAACCUGCGCCGCCUCUUCGAAGCCGACAAAGAACGCUUCAACCACUUCAGCUUGACUCUCAACACCAACCAUGGGCAUAUUCUGUUGGAUUACUCCAAGAACCUUGUGACGGAGGAGGUCAUGAAGAUGCUGGUGGAACUGGCCAAGUCCAGGGGUGUGGAGGCUGCCCGGGAGCGCAUGUUCAGUGGUGAGAAGAUCAACUACACCGAGGAUCGUGCAGUAUUGCAUGUAGCCCUACGAAACCGGUCAAAUACACCCAUGCUGGUGGAUGGCAAGGAUGUGAUGCCAGAGAUCAACAGGGUUCUGGACAAGAUGAAGUCUUUCUGCCAGCGUGUUCGGAGUGGUGACUGGAAGGGAUACACAGGCAAAGCCAUCAUGGAUGUCAUCAACAUCGGCAUUGGAGGCUCUGACCUGGGACCCCUCAUGGUGACAGAAGCUCUUAAGCCAUACUCUGCAGGAGGCCCUCGGGUCUGGUUUGUCUCCAACAUCGAUGGGACCCACAUUGCCAAAACCCUGGCCAACCUGAACCCUGAGACAUCCCUGUUUAUCAUCGCCUCCAAGACCUUUACCACCCAGGAGACCAUCACCAAUGCAGAAACGGCAAAGGAGUGGUUUCUCAUGUCUGCCAAAGAUGCUUCUGCAGUUGCAAAGCACUUUGUUGCUCUUUCUACCAAUACGGCCAAAGUGAAGGAGUUUGGAAUUGACCCUCAAAACAUGUUCGAGUUCUGGGAUGAAUGGUAUUCCAUAAAUAGUUGCUGGGAAGAUGUGCAUGGAGCUCCAAAGAUUCUGAUAAUACGGUGUAGUCUGCAGUGGGUAGGCGGACGCUACUCGCUGUGGUCGGCCAUCGGACUCUCCAUCGCCCUGCACGUGGGUUUUGACAACUUCGAGCAGCUGCUCUCUGGGGCUCACUGGAUGGAUCAGCACUUUCGAACGACGCCCCUGGAAAAGAAUGCCCCGGCCUUGCUGGCAUUGCUGGGAGUCUGGUACAUCAACUGCUUUGGGUGUGAGACACAGGCCUUGCUGCCCUAUGACCAGUACCUGCACCGUUUUCCUGCCUACUUCCAGCAGGGUGACAUGGAGUCCAACGGGAAGUACAUCACCAAGCCGGGCGUCCGUGUGGACCACCAGACGGGCCCUAUCGUGUGGGGGGAACCAGGGACCAAUGGCCAGCAUGCGUUCUACCAGCUCAUCCACCAAGGCACCAAGAUGAUACCCUGUGACUUCCUCAUCCCGGUCCAGACCCAGCAUCCGAUCCGGAAGGGUCUGCAUCACAAGAUCCUCCUGGCCAACUUCUUAGCCCAGACUGAAGCAUUGAUGAAGGGGAAAUCGACUGAGGAGGCCCGGAAGGAGCUCCAGGCUGCUGGAAAGAGUCCAAGGGAUCUUGAGAAGCUGUUGCCACACAAGGUCUUUGAAGGAAAUCGCCCAACCAACUCUAUUGUGUUCACCAAGUUAACACCAUUUAUCCUUGGAGCCUUGAUUGCUCUGUACGAGCACAAGAUCUUCGUCCAGGGUGUCAUCUGGGACAUCAACAGCUUUGACCAGUGGGGAGUGGAGCUGGGAAAGCAGCUGGCUAAGAAAAUUGAGCCUGAGCUUGAUGGCAGCGAUGCAGUGACCUCUCAUGAUUCUUCCACCAAUGGGUUGAUCAACUUCAUCAAACAGCAGCGGGAGGCCAGAACUGAAUAAAUACAGUGCAGCCCCAGCUGUGACUUGUUCCUCCUUGCUGUAGUCUGCACUGCAUGGUCCUGCACCUCCCUGCCUGAGCAACUAGCAGGCUUGGACCACAAGCCCUUUGGGGAAGCUGGUCUGGAAUUAACCACCCCACCCAUCCAGCCCAUUCUCCCUGUUCUCAAUCGGCUGAAAUGCUUCAGUGCAGCUGAUUUUUCGGACCUGUGUUCACAUGGUUCAUGUCCCAAGUAGAAAAAUAAAGAUACCAUAAAGGAG